GCUCAAACUCACAGCCCAAAAUCAAGAGUCUCGUGCUCUACUGAUUGAGCCAGAUAGGUGCCCCAGACUUUUGGUUUACAACAAAAAGGCCUGCCUGGAUAAUGAGAACCCUUUUUCUGGUUUGGUUCCAUCAAUACUUUGUCCCUUAAGUCAGGAAGUACCUUGAUAGUAAGAUACUGCUCUUUAAAGUUCUUUUGACCUUAGACAGUGUGCCUGGACACCCAGAACCUCCUGAGUUCAACACCAGAGGCAUCAAAGUGGUCUGCUUGUCCCUAAACACAACAUCUCUGAUUCAGCCUCUAGAUCAGCCUUUAGGACCUUUAAGGCUCAUCACACAUGAUACUCUAUAUAGAGAAUAUUUAAUGCUGUGGAAAAGAACCCUAAUAGAACAUCAUGAAAGUCUGGAAGGAUCACAUCAUUGAAGAUGCCAUUGUUGUUUAUAGAAAAAGCCAUGAAAACUAUCAAGCCUGAAACAGUAAAUUCCUGUGGGAAAAAAAAUGUGUCCAGAAGUUGCGCAUGACUUCAUAGAAUUUACAACAGAGCCAAUCAAGGAAAUCAUGAAAGACAUUGUAGAUAUGGCAAAAAAUGGUGGGGAGUGUGAAGGGUUUUAAGAUACGGAUCUUGGAGAAAUUGAAGAACUAAUAGAUGCUACACAAGAGGAGUUAACAGCUGAGUUGUUAACAGAAGAUAAACACAUCUGAACCAAUGCCAGAAAAUGAAGAUGUGGAAACAGUGCUGGAAAACAGAUUGACAUUAGACAGUUUGGUAGAAGCAUUCCAGUUAUUCAAGACUGCUUUUGACUUCUUAUAGGAUGUGGACCUUUCUAUGAUACAGGUACUGAAACUAAAGCAAAUGGUAGAAGAAGGAUUGGUAUUGUAUAGAAACAUUUUUAAAGAGAUGAGAAAACAAAAAUGUCAGGCAGAAAUUAGUGUAUUGCUGUAAAGUUACACCAAGUGUGCAUGCCUUUACUGCCUUCCCUUUCACCUUCACCUCUUCUGCUGUCCUUGAGACACCAAGACCAACCCCUCCUCUUCCUCCUCCUCAGCCUACUCAUUGUGAAGAGUGAAAACAAGGAUGAAGACAUUUAUGAUGACCCACUUCCAUUUAAUCAAUAGUAAAUAAUCAUCAUGGCAUACAGUUAAUAAACUUAUCUGUUGUAUGUUUGUCUUCCUGUGAAAAUCUAAUAACUUGUGGCAAGAACUGUAUGAGACAUUUUUCUUUCAUCAUCAUCAUCAUCAUUGCUUAAGUAUUCAUCGUAUAGAAAAUCAUGUACAAGACUUGUAUGGAAGUGGAUAGCUUAUCCUUACAUAGGCAUAAGGUGCUGUGUAAUGUGUUAAGAGGAUAUUUUAAGGAAUGAUUUUGUCAAAUUUUCAUGAGUUAUGGUGGCUGAAAGAUCAGUUCUAUCUUGUGGGAAAAGAAUUAAAUGGCAGCACAAAAGGAUAUCUAUAUUAAUAGAGUAUUUUAUUAAACUAAAAAGGUUAGAUAAGAACUUUAAACUAACAGUCUCAGCAAACAAGGAGAGAAACCUACUAGCUGUAAGACAUGUUUCAAAUGAAUCGAAGUCCAGUAACUGUAGACUUCAGAAGAAAAAAGUUUUCAAAAUCUUUGUCAAAACAGGUCAGUGAUAAAUAACUCCUCCAGUAAUAGGGCUAGGCCUGAAAACCAUAAUUAAUUGAAAAAUUAACAAAACAGUUUGAACCUGAAUUAAGUUUUUUUCAUAAAAAAUUAUAAAAAUAUCAAAUUAGAAUUAAAUUUUCCUCAGAUUUCUAUUGCCUUGCCCAAAAGUAAAGCAAAUAUCUUUUAGCCUUCAUACCAGCUUUUCUCAUGUCCUAGGGAUGACUGAAACCUUAUUUGAAGCAAACUAGUAUUUUUGUUGAAAAUGUACAUCAGCCUCAAAGUUGAUUUUUAAGACCUUCUCAGAAUAAUACUAGACAUUCAGCAUUCACACCUACCAGGACACAAACAUCCUCUCAAAUACUACUGAGAAAAGGAGGACCUUACUCAGGAAUGAUGUCCAUUCAGGAGAAAUCAAAAGAAAAUUCCUCCAGUGUUAUUAAAAAAAGUGAAGAUAAGAAUUUAGAAACACAAAUUCAAGGUUCUCAAACGAAUCUGGCAAAAAAAUCAGGCCCAAAGGAAACUAUCAAAUCACUGGUUAAAUCUUCUAGUGAGAGUAAAAUAAAUCAAUCUGAAUUAGGAACAUGCAUGAGUACAAGGUCAGCAAAAGCGGCAUCCAAUGAUAAAAAAGCUAGCAAGUCCAUUAAUAAAAAUAUGGUGACUGUGAAGGGACAUUCACAACAAGAAUCUACAAAAAAGAAAAAAUUACCUCAGAAAAAGUCAGUGCAUGGAACUCCUAAAUCAAAUGAACAGUUUAACCGGAGGUCACAGAGACUUCAACAGUUAACAGAAGUUUCAACAAGGUCUCUGCGUAAUAGAGAAAUUCAGGGUCAAGUUCAAGCAGCUAAACAGAGUUUGCCACCAAGAAAAGAGCACUGUAACAAUACUCAAAGUAAAUCUAAUAAAGUUAAAACAAGUCAAAAACAUGUGAAAAGAAAAGUACCGGAAAUAAAGUCUGACACUAAAGAGGAUGAAAAUCUAGUAAUUAAUGAAGUAAUAAAUUCCCCCAAAGGAAAAAAACGCAAAGUAGAGCAUCAGACAGCUUAUACUUGUAAUUCUCAGUGCAUAAAAGGAUCUGAAAAGUGUCUUCAGAAGAAUACUAGAAAAGAGGAAACAAAAUCUGUGCCUGUAACUUCUGAGAUAAAAAGAUCAAAAAUGGUUACUUCGGCAGUCUCUAAAAAGAAUGAGAUGAAGAAGUCAGUUCAUACGCAAGUGAAUACUAGUGCAAAAUCCCAAAAAAGUCCACAGCCAUCAGUGCCUGAACAAAGUGUAGAUAAUGAGCUGGAGCAAGCAGGAAAGAGCAAACGGGGUAGUAUUCUCCAGCUCUGUGAAGAAAUUGCUGGUGAAAUUGAGUCAGAUACUGUAGAGGUAAAAAAGGAAUCUUUACAAAUGGAAAGUGUAAAGGAGGAGAAGCCUACAGAAAUAAACUUGGAAGAGACUAAUAAUGAAAGACAAAUACUUCAUCAGAAGGAAACAAAUCAGGAUGUUCAAUGCAAUCGUUUCUUUCCCAGUAGAAAAACAAAGCCUGUGAAAUGUAUAUUAAAUGGAAUAAACAGCUCAACUAAAAAGAACUCCAACUGGACUAAAAUUAAACUCUCAAAAUUUAACUCUGUGCAGCAAAAUAAGUUGGACUCUCAAGUUCCCCCUAAAUUGGGCUUAAUACGAACCAGUUUUUCACUACCAGCCUUAGAAAUGCAUCAUCCAGCAACUCAAAGUACAGUUUUAGGGACAAAACCACAUGAUGACAAAAAUAUAGGUUGCCAGCAGGAAGAAACUAAAGAAAUUAAUUCUGAAGAAGUUAAAGUUAAUGAUGUUACAGUUGAAAAUAAUAAAACUACAAAAAGGGCUUCUGAAAAUUGUCAUUUGGAUAAUCAGAUAAAACCACCUCCUGACCCACCGUUGGAUAACCAGAUGAAAGAUUCUUUUGAAUCAACACCAGAUAAGAAUUUCAGUCUCUGUUUGGAAUCCAAGCUUCAAAACAAUCCCGUGGGAAAUACCUCUACUGUUUCAGCUUCACUCAAUCAAGCAAAAGUUGAUACAGGAGAGAAUAAAUUUCCAGGUUCAACUCCCAAACAACACACUGUACUCAGUAACCAAACAUCUAAGACCAGUGAUAACAGGGAGACACCACCAAAUCAUUCUUGGCCUAAGUGUAAUUCCCAUUUGGAGAUAACAAUUCCAAAGGACUUGAAACUAAAAGAAGCAGAGAAAGUUGAUGAAAAACAGUUGAUCAUAGAUGCAGGACAAAAAAGAUUUGGAGCAGUUUCCUGUAAUGUUUGUGGCAUGCUCUACACAGCUUCAAAUCCAGAAGAUGAAACACAGCAUCUGCUCUUCCACAACCAAUUUAUAAGUGCCGUAAAAUAUGUGGGUUGGAAAAAAGAAAGAAUUCUGGCUGAAUAUCCUGAUGGCAGGAUAAUAAUGGUUCUUCCUGAAGACCCAAAGUAUGCUCUGAAAAAGGUUGACGAGAUUAGAGAGAUGGUUGAUAAUGAUUUAGGUUUCCAACAGGCUCCACUAAUGUGCUAUUCCAGAACUAAAACACUUCUGUUUAUCUCUAAUGACAAAAAAGUAGUUGGUUGCCUAAUUGCGGAACAUAUCCAGUGGGGCUACAGAGUUAUAGAAGAGAAACUUCCAGUCAUCAGGUCAGAAGAAGAAAAAGUCAGAUUUGAAAGGCAGAAAGCCUGGUGCUGCUCAACAUUGCCAGAGCCUGCAAUCUGUGGGAUCAGUCGGAUAUGGGUAUUCAGCAUGAUGCGUCGGAAGAAAAUUGCCUCUCGCAUGAUUGAAUGCCUAAGGAGUAACUUUAUAUAUGGCUCAUAUUUGAGUAAAGAAGAAAUUGCUUUCUCAGAUCCCACUCCUGAUGGAAAACUCUUUGCAACACAGUACUGUGGCACUGGUCAGUUUCUGGUAUAUAAUUUUAUUAAUGGACAAAAUAACACUUAAAACAAAUUCUUGCCUCUUGCUUGCAGUACUAGAAGACAUCUACUGAAGAGAAUGGAUUGGUUGCUGACUUUAACCAGGAACUAGGGCCAUUUUUAUUACAAUGAACUCAGGACUGGCAACAACCAUAAGGUUGUUCCAUUUUCAUAAAAUUGGAAACAAUGCAGUAAUAGCUUAUUAUUGUUUUGUUUUUUAAAGAAGAUAUUUUAUUAUCUUUUACAGAAAUUUAUGAUUGAUGUAUUUUAUCUAUAGUUAUUUAGACAUGUUUACAUGCAGCAGAUAAUUGUUCAUAGUGGACUGAAAACUAAUGCAAGGACUAUGGUCUCAGUGAUAAGUAUAUUUUGAAGUUCUUAAUAUGGAAAUAUACCAGUGUAGCUUGGUACUGUAUUUUUUUAUAUUGAUCUGCUGAUACCAGUUAUAGUUUUAAAGAUUGUAUUUUUAAAGAGCGGAAAACAAUGUUUUUGAGUUACUAUUCAAGGAGGGUGCAAUAUUGCCUAUUUAGGAAUUCAAAGCUAAUUGUUAAAGGGUCUGAAAUACAUUUUGAAGGAACCCCUGCAAAAAAGCAAAGUUCCAAAUAAGCAGGAAGAAUUUGGAAUAUUGAGCAUUUUCUUCCAUUUCUUUCCUAUUCUCGAUGCAGGAGGAAGUGGAAGGUGGUAUAAAAUAGAGGCUUUCCUUCUUGGAGAGCUUUAUUGUAGUGACUAGAAUUAGAAAAUACCCUCUAAAGUUUAUUAUUCUUUCACUCUGGUUUUAUUUCUUAAAAUAAAUGUUAAUUGGGUACACUUAGGCUAGUAACAGAUCCCAAAGAGGUUUUAUAAAAACCUGUGGAAUAGUUGUAAGCUAACUAUGGAUGACUUGGUAUCUGCUUUGUUAUUCCUCAGAAAUACUACACUGAGUAUAUGCCUGCGUUACUGGACUUCAUUUUGAUACUUGUCUAUCCUUCAUAGUGCCCUCUACUUUAAAGGGUUUAUAUGUUGAAAAACUGCUGUGGCCUUUUAUGACCUUGUAUAUAAUGUAGAAUAAAAUAAUAAAAUACUUGAUAGCUUUUUCUAAGUGAUAAAUGUGAUGACA